AUGGACCCAGACCCCCCAUCCCUGGACACGGCCAUCCAGCACGCCCUGGCAGGCCUCUAUCCUCCUUUUGAGGCCACAGCACCCACUGUCCUGGAUCAGGUGUUCCGUCUCCUGGACUCUGACUUCCAGGGAGAUGGGCUGAGCUUCCUCCUGGAUUUCCUGAUCCCUGCCAAGCGCCUGUGUGAGCAAGUGCGUGAAGCAGCCUGUGCCCCCUACUCACACUGCCUCUUCCUGCACGAGGGCUGGCCGCUCUGUCUGCGGGAUGAGGUUGUGGUCCACCUGGCACCCCUCAAUCCCCUGUUACUGCGCCAGGGUGACUUCUACCUCCAAGUCGAGCCCCAGGAGGAGCAGUCUGUCUGCAUCACCAUCAAAUGCCUCUCCUUGGACCUCUGCACAGUGGACAAGAAGCCUGUUCCCGAAUCAUCCUACUCUGUACUUUUCACCCAAGAAUGGCUGGAGGCCAUCAACAACGACUUUGAGGGAAGUCCCCUACGCAACUGCCUGGUAGCUUCGGAAAAUGGGAUUGCCCCUCUCCCUUGGACCAAGAUAACCAGCCCAGAGUUUGUGGAUGACAGGCCCCAAGCAGUGAAUGUCCCUUCCCCAGCCUGGGGGUCCCUUCAAUUAGAGGCACUGGAUUUGAGCAGCCCUCAAGAGCUGCACCAGGCCAGGUGCCCAGACGACCAGGCGUUUCUUGCCCAGGGUUUGGCCGAGGGUAGGGGCAGGACCUGUGGGAACAAGUAUCCGGGCCUCGUCAAGGUGGAGCAAGCCAGGUCCCGGGAGGUGGCCUUCAGGGUGGACGAUGUGGUCAGCCCGGACUUGGAGGGAGACUAUGUGGCUCUCCUGGACGUUUCCCGAGAGAGAAGAGGGGACAGCCCCAGGAGGGAGGCAGAGACUUCGACCGGGAAUACUUCUGGGGCACUAGAGGAGAUAUCUGGAACCAGGGAAAUUCCUUUCUCUCAAAAGAUGCUGCCUCUGUCGGAGGCCAGUGAAGGACCAUCCUUGGGAAGAUGGGCUUGUGUGGAGCCAGCAAGCUCAGAGGGGGAGACCUGCACUUGGGGCUUGAGGAGAGACGUCAACCAUAAGGCAGUGCCCCAAGGGACCUAUGUCAAUGUCCUCGAGGACCCGCUGGACUGUGCCUCUGGCCUUGGGGCAGAUGUCUCAGAAGGGCCAGCUGCCACCAAGACACAGGGCCCUCUGGGAAAGUCAGAGAAUGUGGUCCAGCUCAGGCCUGUGCCAAGACAAGCUUCCUCUCCCAGCCUGUCCCCAGCUUCGCCUGCGGCUCCUAUCUCCGAAACAAAGGUGGAAGAGAAGACCAAGCAGGGAAACGGGAGACUUCCCAAGCCCAUGACCCGCCCUAGUCGAAACACCUCCUCCUCCGGGUCCCCCACUCCUGGGCUCAAAUUCUCAUUCUUAAAAGGGCAGAGGCAAUCCCCUGUGUCCCCAGAGAAAGCCUCGCUCCAGCACGAUGGACCUUGGAAAGUCCUGUGUUCACUCUACUCUCCUAAACCCAACCGAGCCAAAUCCUCGGGGAAAGCAGGCGCAACUCAGACCAAAACAUCCUCUGGCCCAGCCGCUGACUCAGCCCCACUGACUGGGGAAAAGACUGGCUUUCCAGAAGCUUCUGCAGGCCCCCCAGAAAGAGGCCCCACCCCGGAUAAGGAGCCCCCAGGACCUGAGCCCAGGCUCGGGGCUCCGAGUGUCAAGGUUUUCCACUCCAGGAUAGCAUGCCUGCCAGGCGGUCGGGACAGGGCCGGGCGGCCCCUGCUUCUGCUGUCGACGACAGAAGCAGCCUGGGAGGCGCCGUGGUGCACAGCCUCAGAGGUCACCAAGCUACUGUCCUACCUGUGCGCCAUUCCCAGGCCCGAAGGUAACGCCAAGGGGCUGGCGGUUGUGAUCGAUGCCAGGAAACAGCCCCCACAGCCGGGUCUCGUCAGUGGCCUGCAGGCCACCCAGGCUCGGGUCCCGGCCUCCGUGGGAGCUGUGCUCUUCCUGGGGGAGAAGGAGGCUGCUCUGCGACUGCAGGCUCUCCCCGACAUCCAGGUGGAGGUGCUGACCUCGUUGAAGGCCCUCAGCCACUACGUGGACCCCGGCCAGCUCCCCGCAAGCCUGGAAGGCCCCUUCCCCUACUGCCACAGCGAGUGGGUGCAAUUCUUCCAGAAGUUGGACCCUUUCCUUGCUGACCUCCGCCAAGCCUCCUCUCUGCUACAGGCUUCCAUCGAGGAGUUUGAGAAGGCUGACCCCCCUGGGGGGAUCCAGGAGGCUACCAGGUGCCUAAGCAAGUCCAAGGAGCUGAUGGAGGCUGUGCUGAGGGACCCCGGCCUACUAAGCCUCCAGCGGGAAGGCGGAGCCACCCUGGCCAGGCUGCGGCGCGAGGCCAGCAGGCUGGACUUCAACCCUGAUGUCAGGAGCCAUCUGGCUGAAGCCACCGCCCUGUACAGCCUCGUGGAUGAGCAGCUUCAUGUCCUGGUCACUGCAUCCAACAACCUCCUGGGGAAGCUGGAGCUUCGCGUCCGUCUGGGCCACCUGGAAGCCGCCAUCCACCAGGUCGGAGACUGGAUGGAGCAGGAAGGAAGCCGGUGCCUGCAGGCGCUGACCCCCACGGACGGGAGUCUGGACGCGGUGGAGAAAGCCCACGUGGAGUUCGAGGACUUCUUCCUUCGGGCUGCGGCCCAGUACCGCCGAGGCCUGGAGCUGUCCAAGCAGGCGGCCCAGCUGGGAGCUGCAGCCGGAGGGGCCGGGGAGGUAGGAGGAGCAGCGCCCCCGGAGCUGGCAGCCUUCGCCUCUACCCAGAGGGCCUUCCAGGCUAAGCUGACCCACUUCUACAUGGCGGCCGAGCGGCAGCGCACGGACCUCGAGACGCUGCUCCACCUGCACCGCUUCUGCAAGAAGAUGACCUGGUUCCACAUGGACUGUCAGGACCUGAUGACCCAGCUCAGGCUGGGCAAGGGCCGAAGGGCCAGCCCUGGGGACGAGCGUCGCCUCUGCCGCUACCUGCAGCGACUGGCGUCUGAGUUCCCUGCUGAGAAGCUUGCGGCCAUGGGGCUGCAGGCGGCCUCCCUGAGCCGGCCAGGCCUGGGCCAGGACCUGUGGGAGGAGGCCCGGGUCAGACACGAGGAGAUCCAGACCCUCCUGCAGAAGGCACUGAGCCGCUGCCCGUGCCCGGCGGCUCCUGCUGCCCGCUGGGCACACCCGGAGCCAAGAGGGGCAGCUGCCAAGGGCCAGGGUCUGGAUGGAGAAGUCCUUUCCAAGGGGAGGCAGGACCUGCCCCUGCAGGACUCUCCGGGUGCAAACCGUUUGCCAAAGUCCUGUUGGCCUCCUCAGGCCACCAAAGCGGGGCAGAAAGGACAUUUCCGGGAAGCUGGCCAGGCUAUAGAGGCCGCUGAAGGCCCAGGCCACCACGCGCUCCCUGAUCCUGGCCCUGAGCGUUCUCUUGUCACCCUCUUCUCCUGGCAGCGGCCUCCCAGGCAGAGCCUGGCCCCUCACCCCACUGGAGGCAGCUUCUCCUCAGAGGGGACAGACUCACAGACAUCUCUGGAGGACUCACCCUAG